AUGCUGGAGCUGUAAGGCUCCGGGCGGACGGCUGAUUGUGGAUCGCAGAAGGAGGACGCUGGGGCCCGCCGUCCAUCCGCUGCUACUAUGAUUCCGGUGUCGCUGGUGGUGGUGGUGGUGGGUGGUUGGACUGCCGUCUACCUGGCCGACUUGGUGUUGAAGUCAUCUGUGUAUUUUAAACAUUCUUAUGAAGACUGGCUGGAAAACAAUGGAUUGAGCAUCUCUCCUUUUCAUAUAAGAUGGCAAACUUCAAUUUUUAAUCGUGCCUUUUACAGUUGGGGACGGCGGAAAGCAAGGAUGCUUUACCAAUGGUUCAAUUUUGGAAUGGUGUUUGGCGUGAUUGCCAUGUUCAGCUCUUUUUUUCUCCUUGGAAAAACACUGAUGCAGACUUUGGCACAAAUGAUGGCUGACUCUCCCUCUUCUUAUUCUUCCUCUUCUUCCUCUUCUUCCUCUUCUUCCUCUUCCUCCUCCUCCUCCUCCUCUCUUCACAAUGAACAGGUGUUGCAAGUUGUGGUUCCUGGUAUAAAUUUACCUGUCAAUCAGCUGACUUACUUCUUCGCUGCAGUCCUCAUUAGUGGUGUGGUACAUGAAAUUGGACACGGUAUAGCAGCUAUUAGGGAACAAGUUCGAUUUAAUGGCUUUGGAAUUUUUCUCUUUGUUAUUUAUCCUGGAGCAUUUGUUGAUCUGUUCACUACCCAUUUGCAACUUAUAUCACCAGUCCAGCAGCUAAGGAUAUUUUGUGCAGGUAUAUGGCAUAAUUUUGUCCUUGCUCUCCUUGGUAUUUUAGCUCUUGUUCUCCUCCCAGUAAUCCUCUUGCCUUUUUACUACACUGGAGUUGGGGUACUUAUCACUGAAGUCGCAGAGGACUCACCUGCCAUUGGACCCAGAGGCCUUUUUGUGGGAGACCUUGUCACUCAUCUACAGGAUUGUCCUGUUACUAAUGUGCAAGAUUGGAAUGAAUGUUUAGACACCAUUGCAUAUGAACCCCAAAUUGGGUACUGUAUAAGUGCAUCAACGUUGCAACAGUUAAGCUUCCCAGUUAGAGCAUACAAACGACUAGAUGGUUCUACUGAAUGCUGUAACAAUCACAGCCUCACAGAUGUGUGCUUUUCCUACAGAAAUAAUUUUAAUAAACGUUUGCAUACGUGUCUGCCUGCCCGGAAAGCAGUUGAAGCUACGCAAGUUUGUCGAAGUAAUAAAGAUUGCAAAAGCAGCUCAGGUUCAAGCUUCUGUAUAGUACCAUCCUUGGAAACUCACACUCGAUUAAUAAAAGUGAAACAUCCCCCACAAAUUGAUAUGCUUUAUGUUGGGCACCCACUGCAUCUUCACUACACAGUGAGCAUUACAAGUUUUAUCCCACGUUUCAACUUUCUAAGCAUAGAUCUGCCAGUGAUUGUGGAGACAUUUGUCAAAUAUCUGAUUUCUCUUUCUGGAGCUCUGGCUAUUGUUAAUGCAGUACCCUGCUUUGCCUUGGAUGGUCAGUGGAUUUUAAACUCUUUCCUGGAUGCUACCCUUACUUCAGUGAUUGGAGACAAUGAUGUCAAAGAUCUGAUAGGAUUUUUCAUCUUGCUUGGUGGCAGUGUACUUUUGGCUGCCAAUGUGACACUGGGACUCUGGAUGGUUACGGCACGGUAAUAUUUGCUCUCAUCCACUGGAUGGUUACAGCACGGUAAAAUUUGCUCUCAUCCAACAGAAUUAAGUACAGCUACAUGGUAAUAUCUGUUGCCAUUGAAAUUCUUAGUAGGUAUGAUAUGUAAAGUGUUUCCUUAAAACAUCUUGGCCAACCUCUUUGAGCUCCUAAUAUCUAGAGAAUCCAAAAACUCGGUAGUAGAGGAGUGGAAGAAAUGAAAAGCAUAAUUCCUGACUACAUUCUACUUUUAAAGAUUGAGUGUGCAAACUCUGAAUGUUUGUUGAAUAAUUUGUAAACAAGUGAAAAUUCAUUCAUGUAAUACCAUUUUGUGUGACUAUAUAGCAUUUUGGAAUAGUAAAAAGAAAAGCAGAAUCUGGUAGGAAAACGUGUGUGUGUGUGUGUGUGUGUGUGUGUGUGUGCAUGUGCACACAAGUCUGUAUAUGUUCUACUAGUGUUUGAAACCAGGGCCUUACUUAUGCUACUUAUGCUAAGCUUACCUGUCCCAGGUAAAAUUUACUGCAAAGUGCCAUUAAGAUGAUGUGGUGGUGCACACCUAUAAUCCCAACACUUGCCUGUAUGUGUUUGAGAGGCUAGGCAUAAGGAUCAUGAAUUCAAGGCCAUCAUCUUUAGCUACAUAGUAGGUUCCAGACCAGCACUGGCCACAUAGCAAGACCCUGUCAUGGCAUGCAUACAUGUGCACAUGCACUUGCACGCACACACGCACGCACACACACACACACACAAUCAUCAUUAAUGAUUUGAGGGAGGCUAGACCUUGGUUAAAUGGGAGAUAGAGCAAGUGCUCUUGGUUUUAUAACUCUUGUCUUUAUCUUGUUUGAGAAGUAUUUUAAAGUUUAAUGGUAUAUUAUUCUAUACUCUGAUUAUAAUUCAUGAAAGUAUCUGCUACCAUGAAAGCAAAAACUCUGUACAAGUGAUACCAAGUAAAUGAACAAUGUUGAAAGUAGAUAAGGCCUGUGAUGUGAUAAGACAGUUUGUCACACAAGUAUUACCUAUUUCAUAGUAUAGGCCCACACUCUUUACAACAUCCUAGCCUUGUUAUAUAGAUAUGCUGCAGGAAGGAUCUCUCAUAGCAGCAUGGGAGCUCAGGCAGUUAGAGGUGAACUUAAGAACUAAGCUGAGUCCUCUAACAGACCACAGCAGAACUUCAGCAAAUCUACUUACCAACUUCCUAGAGCUUAGCAGCUUAGAACUCUUCCAGGGUAGACCUUCUCCUUGUGCUGCAAGAACAUUCAACCCUGAGCCAUACUCUGUCCUCACCAGCACCUAGUAUGUUUCUCUCUGUAGGCGGGAUUAAACACCUAAGCUUUGCUUUCCAUCUCCCCUAAGCUACCUCUGUGAAUACACAAAAGAAUGGCUGCACAAACUAAGAUUUCCCAGAAUCUACAAACAGACUUUUGAGCUCUAAAGAACCACGAUUGAUCUUGCAGGGUAGCAGUUCAACCCUGGGAAAUUCAGAAAGUCAUCUGGCAGAUGUGACGCUGUUAGUCUUAAGAGUAUAUAUGCACAUACUGUUUCUGUCAUGAAAAAUACAUAUUUCAUGAAACACACACAUUAGAGGUAACAAAAGGCAGUGAUUCAUUCAUUAAUAGUCAGAUAUAUACCUCCCUCCUGAAGUAAGGUACUUUGUAAGGUUACCUUUUUCAGAACAUUAGUUCUCUUAAGCGCCUAAAACUUUUAAAUCAAUUUUUAGAAAUUUUUUAGACUUUCUAUUACAAAUUUGCCUUCUUUCUUUAAUAGAAAUCAUACACUGAAUAUCAUUUUGAGAUUUUAUUAGUGAUGGGUCAUUGGUUACUAAUAGUACUAAAGUCAUACAAAUUACUAACUUUUAUCACAGAAAAUAUGGCAUUGUUGUCUUCUAAGAUCACUCAGGACCAAAAUGUACCUGCAUACUAAAAAUGCACAGACCUUUUCAGGUAAAGCUUAGAGAAUGCCGUGAAAUACUCAACAUUAUUAACUUCAUCGCAUGCAUUAAGCAGUCUACUAAAUGAAAAUGUAUGUGUGUGAAUCAUUUUUUUCAAUACUGAGGAAAACAAUGUUUGGUGUGGUACUUAAUAGAACCCAGGACCUCACACAUGCUAGCUAGUAUUCUACUACUAAACUAUUAUCCAUAGACCAUGAAAAUAUUUUAAUAAGAGGAAAUUCUAUUCAUUAACUUCAUUUUCUGAGUGAAGGCAACAACAAUACAAAACCUCAUUUUAUAUUAGCUGCUGAACACCUCUGCCAGCUAAUCUUUAGGGUCCGGGUUUGGGAGCUUCUCUCCUGGAAGUCCAGCAGAUUUGUAUGCAAAUGGCCUCAUUACUAAAGAAAGGAGAUGUUACAUAUUGUCUCUUCAGCUUCACUGUGGGCUCCUUACCUCCCUGCAUAGUGCAUGAGCUAUCAGAAGUGUUUAAUGUGCUUGAAUGGAUGAUGAUUAGUGUUAUUUAUGGAUAGAAAAAGCAUGCUUCUAUUUAAGCUGUAAAAAGGAUUGUUAAAGAUUUACUGUAAAUAUAUGUUGACAUAGUAAAGCUUGGAAUGUCUUAUGUCCCUGGGGUAUUAUCAUCUUUAUGGAAAAAAUUCAUUUUGGUUUCUGUAGAGCAAUUAGAAAAACAAAUUAUAUUGGAAAAAUGAAUUAUGUUGGUGAUUUGAAGAAGUAUCUGUGUGUUGUCUCUUUGUUCAACAGUGAAACUUUAUUCUCAGUGUUCCUAUUCUGCAUUGUUUACAUUCUUAAGGUUUUUAUUUUAAUCAUCCAUAAAUGUAAAAAAAUGUAUAUAUUAUUUUUAGCAUCUCAGUUUGAAGAGACACAGUUAAACUUGACUUUUUGAUAAACAUUUCUAGGUCAUUGUCUAUGUAACAGCAAAUUGUAAACAUAUGCUUCCUAGUGAUGUGGCUUUUUGUCAUCAUUGUGUCCUUGGUAUUUAUUGAGCAUCCACAUACUAGUGGCACACAGAUUGUUAUUUUUCAAUAACUCUUUUGAUUGAGCUGUAAUUCAUUUUAAGGCUUUAAUUUGAUUUUAUAAUUGUCAGAAUGUAAUGUUUAGCAAUAAAAGAACAAAUGUAAACCAGCAUUUUA